AUGUUGGAGUUCAUGCAGGAACUCAGAAAGUUUUUAUUUGGAAAACAUCCUUACAAGUUUUUCUGCCUACAGGCUGUCACCGUUGGAGUUGUUGGGGGCUCGGACCUUGUGAAGAUAUCAGAACAGCUUGGCAAGACAGUUACACAAGACUAUGAUUAUGUUUUCUCUGAAAAUGGCCUUGUAGCACAUAAGGAUGGCAAGCUCAUUGGAGCACAGAGCUUGAAGUCGUUUCUUGGCGAUGCAAAGCUCAAAGUAAGUGAUUGCUUCUUCCCUGUAAUGAUUUCUCCAUGACUAUUGAAUAUUAAAAAUGUCAAUAUACAUGUAUUUCGUAAAGCUGGGAGGGAAGUUUACAUAGUCUUACCCACUUAAAUUAGUGAUAGUACACGUGGAAGACCAAGACAUAUGGUGAUGAACUGCAAAUGAUGGUGCAGGAAUUUAUUAACUUUACACUCCACUACAUUGCUGACUUGGAUAUUCCAAUAAAGAGCCGAGCAUAAUGAAAGAUAUAGUGAGCUUGUUUCUGCCGAACUUCUUAGUCGUUGUCUCUUUUCCAGAGGAACGUUCAUCGAGUUUCGAAGUGGAAUGCUAAAUGUAUCACCAAUUGGGAGGAAUUGUAGUCAGGAAGAAAGGGAUGAGUUGGAAAAAUAUGAAAAGGUACAAACUCUUGCUCUAAUUUAUCACACGAAAAAAAAAGGUAUAAACGCAUUCUGUAUUAUUACAUAUCAUGUUUCCAGCCAUUUGACUAGUAAUAUGGACUUUGAUUCUUUUUUUGUGUCAUUAAAGUAAUGGCUUA